CAUUAGAGUUUAGAGAGAGAAAGCAAAGUGGUUUUGCGAGGUGAGAAGGGCGGUUUCGUAACGGUUGUUGGCGGUUUUGCGUUUCGGUUAAUCAUCCAUAGAUCUUCUUCUUCUGUGAUCGUUCGUUACGGUUAUACUAAGGAAGUGGAAUCGAAGAGUUUGGAGAUUUGAUUGGUGUUUAACGCUAAAUUGCUCAUUAAGCUCCUCAUUGACGGUGUUUUAAUCCUUAAUUAUUGUUGUUGUCGUUGGUUAAUUUCUGGUGUUGCAUAUAAAGAGCUCAAAAGAUUUCUGUGAGAGCAGAGAGCAGAGAGAGAGAGAGAGAGGGAGUAUUUUUGUCUUUGGUUACGAAGAUUUUGGAGGAGAAAGAGAGUUCAAUGAUGGCAAAUCGAGGAGGUUCGUUUUCGCCGGCUGAAGUGGGCGAAUUGUAUCCGGAGCUAUGGAAGGUUUGUGCCGGUCCGCUCGUCGACGUUCCUCGCGUGAAGGAAAGGGUUUAUUAUUUUCCGCAGGGACACAUGGAGCAAUUAGAAGCCUCAACAAAUCAGGAGUUGAAUCAGAGGAUUCCACUGUUUAAUCUUCCCCCGAAGAUUCUUUGUACUGUUAUCAACGUCCAGCUCCUGGCGGAACAAGAAACAGAUGAGGUUUAUGUGCAAAUUACUUUGAUGCCAGAGUUAAAUCAAACCGAACCUACAAGUCCUGAUCCUCCCGUUCCCGAGCCUCCGAGGCCGACUGUUCACUCAUUCUGCAAGGUUUUAACUGCGUCUGAUACGAGCACUCAUGGUGGAUUUUCUGUUUUGCGGAAACAUGCCACUGAAUGCCUUCCUCAACUGGACAUGACUCAGUCAACCCCAACUCAGGAAUUGGUUGCCAAGGAUCUUCAUGGUUAUGAGUGGCGAUUUAAGCAUAUUUUCAGAGGUCAACCAAGAAGGCAUUUGCUUACAACAGGGUGGAGUACAUUUGUUACUUCUAAGAGAUUAGUUGCCGGGGACUCUUUUGUAUUUCUCAGAGGUGAGAAUGGGGAGUUACGCGUUGGCGUGAGACGUCAUGCUCGUCAAUCAAGCAGCAUGCCAUCAUCUGUAAUUUCAAGUCAGAGCAUGCACCUAGGAGUGCUUGCCACGGCUUCUCAUGCUGUAUUAACCCAGACCCUCUUUGUUGUUUAUAACAAACCACGGACAAGCCAGUUCAUUAUUAGCUUAAACAAGUAUCUGGAGUCUCUAAGUAAUAAAUUUGAUCUUGGCAUGAGAUUCAAGAUGAGAUUUGAGGGGGAAGAUGCCCCUGAAAGAAGGUUUUCCGGCACAAUAGUUGGCGUUGAAGAUAUAUCGCCUCAGUGGGUGAAUUCAAAGUGGAGAUCAUUAAAGGUUCAAUGGGAUGAAGCUGCAUCAAUUCCUAGACCUGAUAGAGUUUCACCAUGGGAGAUUGAACCUUUUGUGGCUUCUGCGCCUGGAAGCUUGGCUCAACCACCUGUGCCAAAGAACAAAAGGCCUCGACCACCCAAUGAUAAUCUAUCCCUUGAUACUACAAGUUCUGCCGCCUCAGUUGUCUGGAAUUAUGGAUUGACUCAAUCCCACGAUAUUACACAACUAAGUGUUGCUGCUGAAGCCAAAAGAAAUGAAAAUCAUGUUGUACGACAUCAUCACCAGACAGAUCCAAAGGGUCAUGCUGAAGGGACCUGGCUAUCUUCUCCCCAUCCAACUGGUUCCCAGCAACAUUUCCAGGAUGCCUCGGAGGAUAACAAAAGUAUAUCUGUGGGCCCUAUUUACUUUGGAUAUUCAACUCAAAACCUUUCAAAGCAAAACAAUGAUCAGAUCUUGGACCAAUGCGAUAAAGGGAAGAAAAUUGAGACAACUGGUACUUUUAGAUUGUUUGGUUUUGAGAUGAUUGAUCAUUCACCAAAUUCACCUUCUGUAGAGAAGGUAUCUAGACAACCAAUUAGUGUUUCUACGGCAACCACUGAGGGGCAAGUUAGUACUUUGUCGGUUGCUGAGGCAGAGCAGAAAUGUGGCAGUUCAAAGGCUUCAAAAGAAGCCAUUCGUGAGCAGUUAUCAAAAGAGACUCAAAGCAAACAAAGUUGCUCGGCUUCUGCAAGGAGUCGCACCAAGGUUCAAAUGCAAGGAGUUGCUGUUGGCCGGGCUGUGGAUUUGUCCUUGCUGGAAGGAUAUGACCAGCUGAUAGAUGAACUGGAAGAGAUGUUUGACAUCAAGGGGCAGCUUCGCCCACGUAACAUGUGGAAAAUUGUUUUUACCGAUGACGAAGGGGAUAUGAUGCUUCUGGGCGAUGAUCAGUGGCAAUUCUUCUGUAAAAUUGUAAGGAGGAUCUUCAUAUGUUCAAGCCAGGACGUAAAGAAGAUGAAAUCAGGGAGCAAACUUCCAAUGUCUUCAUUAGAAGGUGAAGGGACCGUAAUAACCUCGGAGUCAGCAGAAAAUUGAUACAUUGAACUUUCAUUCCUCCUUUUCUUUUCCCUUGUUUGUUGUGGGGGGUCAUGUUUGUAUUGUUUGUUUGUUUGAUGGGGGUCAUGGUGGGUGUGUUCUAAUUUUGGUCAAAGUGAGAACAGUUUGAAC